CCUUAGCAAGGCCAAAGCUGUGUAGACACAGGCAUUACAAAAUCGAGGAGGGGCGGGCUGAGAAGUUGGAGGCAUAAAAGGAUCUGCAGGUGCCCCCCACUGCACUGCUCUUCCAGCGGCAGGACAGACCUGAGAUGAGAGCCCUUGGAGCUGCUGUCGCUCUCCUGCUCUGCGGGCAGCUUUUCGCAGUGGAGGUCGGCAAUGAGGCCACAGACACUGCAGACAACAGCUGCCCAAAGCCCCCUGAGAUUGCGAACGGCCGCCUGCAGCACUUGGUUCGCUAUGGGUGUAAGACCUACUACGAACUGCACACCAAAGGAGACGGAGUGUACAGCUUAAACAAUGAGAAGCAGUGGGUAAAUGAUGUCACUGGAGAGAAACUUCCUGAGUGCAAAGCAGUGUGCGGAAAGCCCAAGAACCCAGUGGAUCAGGUGCAGCGCAUCAUGGGCGGGUCUCUGGAUGCCAAAGGCAGCUUUCCCUGGCAGGCCAAGAUGGUCUCCCACCAUAACCUCACUUCAGGGGCCACACUGAUCAAUGAACAGUGGCUUUUGACCACCGCUAAAAAUCUCUUCCUGGGACAUACAGAUGAAGCCAAAGCCAAAGACAUUGCCCCUACUUUAAGACUCUAUGUGGGGAAACACCAGCUGGUGGAGAUCGAGAAGGUCGUGCUUCACCCUGACUACUCCGAGGUGGACAUCGGGCUCAUCAAACUCAAGCAGAAGGUGCCCAUUGAUGAGAAAGUAAUGCCCAUUUGCCUGCCUUCAAAAGAUUGCGAAGUGGGACGUGUGGGUUAUGUGUCUGGCUGGGGGCGAAAUGUCAACUUUAAUUUUACUGAGCAUCUGAAGUAUGUCAUGCUGCCUGUGGCUGACCAAGACAAAUGUGUAAUUCACUACGAAGGCAGCACAGUGCCCGAAAAGAAGACGCCAAAGAGCCCCGUCGGGGUGCAGCCCGCGCUGAACGAGCACACCUUCUGCGCCGGCUUGUCCAAGUAUCAGGAGGACACCUGCUAUGGCGACGCGGGCAGUGCCUUUGCUGUUCAUGACACGGAUGAGGACAUCUGGUACGCAGCUGGGAUCCUGAGCUUUGAUAAGAGCUGCACUGUGGCUGAGUACAGUGUAUACGUGAAGGUGCCCUCCAUCCUGGACUGGGUUCAGAAAACCAUAGCUGAAAAUUAAUGCACGGCUGGCUGGGAGCGAGAUUUCACUCUGGAAGAGGGAGAACUGGAUGGGACCGGAGGGGAUAAAACGUGGUGUGAAGCCCAUGGGGUCCAGCCCCACAUUGCCGAGUCAGUCAAUAAAAACUCUCUUUUGACUCCUUU